AUGUCAAGCACCAACACCAACACCAACACCAACACCAACACCAACACCAACACCCAAACCCAAACCCAAACGCCAACACAUCUAACAGCUGCAGAUUUAAUCGUUCGACCGCAUAAACAAUCAAUGGCAGAAUUAAAAUUACGUAGAUUGACCGAACACAAUCAGAGAUUGAGAGAAGAUUUAGCUCGACCCAGAGCAAGAGUCAGUGAAGCCAGUUUAGGUUUAAUCAAAUUUUGUACUUCUACACGAGAUCCCAUGCUCCCUUCAGUAUGGGGUGCAUCAGGUAAAAACUCAGAUCCAUAUUCACCACCUGAGAAAGGAUGUUGUACCUGCGGAAAGGGGAAAUCAGAUGUGGAUCAAUGGAAUCAAGUCAUUAAUCAAGAAGGUAAAUUUGUAAAGGUUCAAAAAUCAGAUAUGUACAAGGACCAAAAUAGAUUGGUAGAUUUGAACACAAUCAAUAAUAUCGUUUAA